AUGCCGCUAGAGCAUCGUGCGACCUUGUCACUGUGCUUCACAUCCGCCGUAGACUUCCCCUGUGGGACGUUUUCGAAGGUUCCGCUAGUGACCUUCGUGACAUUUCCUUCGCUAGACCUGGCAUCCGCAGCGCUGGCGGCGACUGGGUUGUUCUCGAAGACAGUUUCGGCCUUGCUCAGUGGCAGAGAGUCGCAUGCUCUCACGUCAGCCUUGGAUGUUGCGGCGGGCUCGUUCUCGAAUACUGAAGGUGCCUCAUGGAAUGGCACAGCAUCGCAAGCCCUGAUGGUGGCGGGUGACUUGGCCACGGGGUUAUUCUCGAACACCGUUGGAGUGGUCUUGGGAGGCAUAACCUUCGCGGGCUGGACGGUUGCCUUCGAUUCCGCGCUAGGCUUUUUUUCAAGCACAGUUGCCGCUGCGGGUUCCGGCGUAGUUUCGAAGCAGCUUAUUGCAGCCUUGACACACCCAGUGGGAAUCCUCUUCAGCGACUCCCUUGUAGGGGAGCCCGGCACACUGGAUCGUUGGCCUGCAUCGGCCUGA